CUUUUCCUUUUAGUAUAUUCACAAAUUCUUCCUUGAUCCAAUCCAUCAUGUGCCCUAAAUCCUGAAUCCCAAUUCGAUGGUCCACUCGUCAUUGACGACCACAUGAAACUGGAGGAGCAAAACCGUAGUUCUCCCUCCCAGAGGAGAGAUCCUGCCGGAGCAGCUGAGAUAGCCACCUGCCCUUCUCCUGUCUCAUCGUCUGUAACUUGACAAGUAAGCAAGUCGCAGCUCGUAAGCCACCAAACAAAUCACUUGGACUAGGAGGUUAGGUUAUCAUCUUGUGUGUCCAAGACGUCAAGAACGCAGCUAGACCUUGCUCUCCUCGUCCCGGGAAUUCGAAGCUGGUUCAGGAUGUCGACCGAACUCCUGACGAAAUUCCUCACAGUGCUGUUCGGGUAUGCUAUGCCGGCGCUGGAAUGCUUCAAGGCGAUCGAGAAGCGACCCGGCCGGGCCGAUCAGCUCCGGUUCUGGUGUGAAUAUUGGAUCAUUCUAGUCAUUCUGGUCAUAUUCGAUGAGAUCGCCGGCCCUCUGAUUUCCAAGAUUCCAAUGUACUAUGAGCUCAAGCUUGCCUUCCUCGUGUACCUGUGGUACCCCAAGACAAGGGGAACGGACAUCGUGUACGAGACCUUCCUCCGGCCGCUGGUGAUGCAGUACGAGCCCAACAUCGAGGCGAGGCUGCAGUACCUGCGCGCCAACGCCGGCGACAUCCUCGUCUUCUACCUCAAGAACUUCACCGAGAGGGGAUACGACCUCUUCCUCCGGGCGCUCGACUACGUCAGGUCGCAGGCGUCCAGAGGCUCAAGAACAAGGAAUUUCUUCUCGUUCCGAGGGGACAGAGCGGAGAGGCCGAGCUUCGGCGAUGACUACGUCGGCGGCGACCGAAGGGACACGGCGAGGCACCGGCGACCCCGCAGUGGCUACUAGCAGACCAGGAGCCAGUGGAUGUAUAGGAUGCGCACAGAAAGAAUCCGAAACGAUUACUCGGAUAGGCUUAGGUAGGAUCAAGCAGAUUGAUGUGAACAGAAGCAGAUUAUGGCAAAAUCUCGUACAGGUGAUAUGCGCCAUGGCAUGAUGAAUGGGCGUCGUCCCCGUUCUGAAUUCCGGAGGCAUAGAUUGUGCAAGUAGAAAGUGUAGAAGGCUCAAGCGAGGCGCAGUUUAGGGUGGAACGACAGUUGUAGUCUUUGUAAUUUCUAAUAUUACAAAUAUACAGUUCUCCCGGUAUAACAUAUAGUUUGUGGC